AUGAUCAUUGUUAAUCACAUUUCAGACGACAUGGUGGAAAAAAGGAAUAAAGCAUUGAAAAAGGAAAUAAAACAAAAUUUGGAGUACGAGCGCAAAAUGCAAACUAUGGACGGGCCGUGGGGAAAGCCCGGCCCUGGUGGCACCACCUGGAGGAACCCCCGAAACGUCGGAUUGAAUUUCUCUAAGUCUAUGGGUUGGACAGAUAAUGAAAUUUUCAGUAAAAUAAAAGGGGAACACAAGCGCUACAAAAGGUCUUCGCUAACUUUGCCUAAAGUAAAGAGAGUCGAUGAUUCAAGAGAAGAUGAGUUAGCAGACAAAGAAAAUAUAAAACCUUCCGGUGUUGAGAAGCUGCCCGAUAUUAAAGCAGGUAGUCCAAAACCGAAUAGUCCUGAAGUAAGUAGGAAGCAUAGUGGGGAGAAGAAAGAAGCGCCUAAAGAAGUGAAUGGAAUUGGAAACGGAGCAAAUGGAAAAAGCAAAAGAAGUCCGAAGAAGAGUAAAUUCGUGAAGAGAUUAUCGAACGGUGAAAGGGUGAAGAGAAGUAUCCCUGAUGAAGACAUAGAGAGUGUGGUAAUUGAUAAUGGGAACGGGAAUAUGUUGGAGAAAAAGCCAACACCUGAGGCUACGAUUCUUCGGCUAACGGGGGGCAUAGAGCUGGUGCCUCUAUUGGCGAGAAGGCGGCGGGUCGGCGCGCGCACGCUGCCUUCUAGUGACGUCACCCGACCCCCAGACCAAUCAUGCCAAUGGCGCGAAAUCAUCCACGUCGAUUACUUAACAGAUUUGAAACAUCAGAUGCAGGUCAAAUACGAACGAAAACAGGAGAACCGUCGUGACUCGGCGGAGAGUGUGCGCAGGCACCACGAGACGUGGGCCUCGCUGUGGGGCAAGCCGGGACACGGGGCCCCCCUGCGCGGGCGCUACGCCCGCAGCAACCUCGCUCAUCUGCUCUAUGUGGCCCCACUCGCACACCCUGCUCAGUAG